UCCCCCUUAUUUCUGUCUAACUCCGUGUUUUGGAUUCUCUGUCACAGUCCACAGACUGUCUCAGUCGUUCGCACAUAUCUGAUUUCUCUGGUUAUGAGCAGCCCCGGGCUCUCUCCAGUCUAAUUCAUAUGACAUUACCUAUCUCAGCAAUCUCUGUCACAUAGUCCUGUGCUAGAUAGAUCUCAGCACUCUCUAGUCUCUGGAACUGCCUGCACGAUCUUUCUAUAUAACGUUCUGUCAGCCCUGAGAUGCCACUAACUUAUACACCUGGUGCACCCAGUCUACGGUAGAGUUUCUUAGGCUCUCUCAGUUCAAUUUGAUGGUCUAUCCAGCUCAGUAUCCUCUCAUUGGGUACUGGGUAGCAGCACUUGACUCUGGAGCAAUCUCUCCUUUACUAUCCGUACAAAUCUCAAGUACUUUCCAAAUUACUCUCCAGAGGACACAUCCAUCAAUCUCUGCCAGGGGCAGCUGCUUUGGCACUCUCUGCCAGGGCAACUGGUGCAGCAAGUCUCUCCCAGUACAGCUUUCUCCCGAGGCAGUCUUCUCUCCUCCGGGGCUCUGCGCCGCUACCGGUCCGCUGAUGCCUAAGGAUGAUGCGGGCUGUGCUAGAGGAGCUCGGGAUCCGGUCGCUGCUGUUCGGGGUGUUUGUGUUUACAGAGUUCCUGGACCCGUUCCAACGUGUUAUCCAACCGGAAGAGGUGUGGCUGUAUAAAAACCCGCUGGUACAGUCGGAUAACAUACCCACCCGCCUGAUGUUUGCCAUUUCAUUUCUUACACCUCUUGCCGUGAUAUUUGUGGUGAAAAUAAUUCAGCGGACAGACCGAACAGAAGUUAAAGAGGCCUGUUUGGCUGUCUCUCUUGCUCUUGCUCUGAAUGGUGUUUGCACAAAUACAAUCAAGCUCAUAGUGGGAAGACCCCGUCCUGAUUUUUUUUACCGGUGCUUUCCUGAUGGGGUCAUGAAUGAAGAGAUGCGCUGCACUGGCGAUGCCAGCCUGGUGUCUGAAGGCAGAAAGAGCUUUCCCAGCAUCCACUCCUCCUUUGCCUUUUCUGGCUUGGGAUUUACCUCAUUCUACCUGGCAGGAAAGCUGCACUGUUUUACUGAAAUGGGACAGGGGAAGAGUUGGCGACUGUGCGCUGCGCUGCUACCAUUAUACUGUGCCAUGAUGAUCGCACUGUCACGCAUGUGUGACUACAAGCACCAUUGGCAAGAUUCCUUUGUGGGCGGUGUUAUUGGUUUGGCUCUUGCCUAUGUUUGUUACCGGCAACAUUACCCCUCCUUGACGCACUCAUCCUGCCAUAGACCUUUUGUGUGCCUGUGUCAGAUCAGCACUCAGAAGAAGGAGGAAUCACCAGCAACAGACAACACUGAGGGGCUGAUGCAUGAAAGUAUGACCGAGGGACCUGUAUGACCUAUAGUGGUCUUUUCUGACUUGUAACCUCAACAAGGGGUGUCCUACACUGUGUGUACGGUAUUAAAUCCAUUUGUGUGACCAACAGCACUGCAAUCAACACAGGCCACAGAGCUAUUCUGGGAGCACAUUUGUCUAUAAUAAUGUGUUUUUCCCUGAUUCUAGAUUUUAUCUCGGUACUGUAUGAUCUUCACUUCGCUGUUGAGAACAGUUGAAAUUGUCAUUCAUUUUCAAUAUCCCUCCCAACUCAUCACAUUGUGUGUUUGUAACACCUGAUCUCCUUUUAGAUCUGAUAUUUGUUACAAUGUAGCACUUUUAGCGUCACAUUAGCAAAAAAGGCAGCACUUUUUCACUUCUUUUUAUUUUUUCUAAGACUGUAAUUUUCAAUAUCAUUCUCUAAAUAGUUAUGACAUUUCCCCAGGUCUCCAUAAGCAGUGCUAGCAAUCUCAUUCAUUGUCACUGCCGGUUCCAAUAUUAUCAUAAAUCUAACUAAGCAGUGCUGAUUUUCCAAUUACUUUUUUGAACAAAUGUUAACAUGCACAUAUGGCACAGUGACCAUUCUUAUAUUCUCAUUGUGCAGCAAACACCCAUAUGUCUUAUUUAGUGGUGUGUUUAUUUCCAUGUCUUAUUGAUCCACAACCACCACUGUAUGUUAAAAAAACAACACAUUUCUUAUGUUGAACCAUCCAUGUUUUUAACCCUUUACGCCAUUAUCAUUUCACUGUCUAAUGUAUAACUCUGAAUUUCACUUUGUUGCUGGACAAAGAAUAAGCUCAGUAUGUGAUUUCAUAAAAGGUUUAGAAUGGUCUGUGGUUUAUGAUGAAUCUAACCAUGUGAUUAACCAAGAGAGGUGGGGGUGCUAUAUAUAAAUGCUGUGAUUGACACAUCUGGAGUCGUCAUGGUAUUCUCUCAUUAUCAUAUGAUUUUACUCUUGCUUAGUUACACAUAGUAACCUAGCUUAUCCUCUCUAGUUAAUGUCAGUUUUGGCAUCCCGCUUGUUUAGGAUUGCCACCUCAGCCAUGUUUUCCAGGACACCUAUGAGUUACACAUGCUGCAGGGUGUGCAGGGAGGAACAUGUAUUGUGUUUCUGGACAGCACUAUUCAUAUUC